UACACACCAUCACAGACAUAUACAAAGAUCUGUUCUGCUCCGAGUUGGAGGGAGAGUGAAGAAAGAAGAAUGGAGGCAGCGCUGGGAUUGAUGAGAAGAAUGCCGCCUAAGCGCAUGGAGACGGCUCUCUCUGCUUUGCUCAGCCUCUUGCCGGACCACUCAUCAGAUCUCCUCUCUCAGGUCGAUCAGCCUCUCCAGGUUAUGGUUGAUCUGGAAACGGGAAAGGAAUUCAUAUUGUGCGAAUAUAACAGAGAUGCGGACUCCUAUAGGUCGCCUUUGUCAAAUACGUAUCAUCCACCACUAGAAGAUGGAGCUUAUCCAUCUGCAGAGUUGAGGAAACUUGAAAUUGAAGCAAAUGAAGUCUUUGCUGUUUAUCGUGACCAGUAUUAUGAAGGUGGCAUUUCAUCCGUUUACAUGUGGGAAGAUGAAACUGAAGGCUUCAUUGCCUGCUUCUUAAUAAAGAAAGAUGGCUCAAAAUCUGCACAUGGUAGAAGAGGAUAUCUGCAGGAAGGAGCCUGGGAUGCUAUACAUGUUAUCCAGGUUGGUCCAGAGGAAGAAGGGACAGCACACUACUGCCUGACUAGUACUGUGAUGCUAUCUUUGACCACAAAUAAUGAGUCCUCAGGCACCUUCAAUUUGACAGGAUCGAUAAGAAGACAGAUGAAUAUGCAACUCCCUCUCUCGGAGGGUCAUUUAUGCAACAUGGGAAGGAUGAUUGAGGAAAUGGAGGGCAAACUUAGGAACUCCCUCGAUCAGGUUUAUUUUGGAAAGACAAAGGAAAUGGUCUGUAUUUUACGCCCUCCAUCUGAACCGGUGCAAAUGAAACUGCCUUCGAGCUAAAGAUAUCUAUGCCAUCUCCAUUGAUCGGUAUUAAUAAAAAUACAUUUCCAGAUUUGUUUGUUCUGCUAUUCAUAUUGAAGGGGUUGUGCAUCUACAGUGAAGGAAUUUAUUCUUGUUCUUCCAAUUAUGAAUUCAGGCCCGGCGCCACAAGAGUACUUGAAUCCUAUCCAUUUAUAUGUUGUUGAACAGCAAUCUACCUUUUAUAAUUUGUGAGUUUCUUGGAUAUGCUAGUUUUUGAGUAAGAAUUGAAAGAUUGAAUAUAUUGGUUCAAACUUUUGUUGUUCGCUACAAAUAUAUUUCAAAUUUUGUUGGGA